AUGAAGCGCAUACCUGAGAAGUGCAUCGAGAACCCGUGCCCUUCAUGCAUUGCGGGGGAUGUGGCGAUUACGACUGACGGCCGCGGCGUCGUGGCGGCCCGCGACGUGGUGGUGGGCGACCGCAUCCCUGGCGCGGGGGAGGGGGAGUGGUGCGAGGUGGUCGCCGCGGUGCGGGUGGCGGACAAGGGCAAGGUGUUCGGCAACUUCACCGACGACCACUUUGUGGUGGCGCCGGCAGACGCGCCGUCCGGCACACACGUUGUGCGGGCGAGCGGAACGGGCGCCCCGUCGCGGGAGGCGGACCUUGUCAACAUCGCGACGACGUGCCCCGCGGCGCGCGCAACGAGCGGGGAGCUCUUCACUCCCCUCUCCACAGUCUUCUGCAAGCAGCUCACCUGGGACGAGUACCUCCCCUUGUACGGCGCGCUUAUGCGCAUCGUGGCGAAGACAGGCGGGUUCUGGUUCGACCCGUCGACCUACGGGUCUGCGCCGGGCGCCCGUCCUGGCAGCCCCACCGGCCCGCCCUCAUCGCCGGCGCUGCCCGGCCGGCUCAGCUGGAUGGAAAGGCUGCCUGACAUUUGCGACACGAUGCGGUCGUGCACCGCCCGCGGGGCUCGGUGCAGCGAGUUUGAGAGGCUGGCGGGCGGCUGGGUGCGGCAGUACCUUCCGCCGGCGCAGUACGAGCAGGUGCGGCGCAGCUACCCCCGCCUCGGCGACCCCGACGCACGGCGCGGCAACCUCCUGCAGGACGUGGACCCCCGCUCUUCAAGCUCGUCAGACGGCCAGGAGGGCGGGAGGGGCGCGGGGGGUUGGCGUCUCUUGCUGCUCGGGCCGCUCCUGGUUGGCGGCCUGCUGUGA